AAGAUCAUUGAGCAUUGAGCCGGGCCCAAGGACGCAGAGAGAGAGGAGUCCGCGACUCUGAAUUAAUGUCCGCGGUCCGCGACUGGAAAAGAGAAGUGUGGAGACCAUAUGGCCCUGGGAAUAAGGAAUUAUAUACGUUUAUAACUCCACCAAAUGGAAUUAUUAUAAUGGAUGAACGUUAUAGGGAAUAUAGCCUUCAUUGGGAUUGGAAGGAGAUCUGCAAUACGCUUUCAUGAAUCAUUUUGGAACCAUAAGGUAACAUCUUGUUGGGUGAGAACCAGGCAGGAAGGAGUGGUCUCAGACCAAAAGCAGCAACAGUCAUGGUUUGGAGAGCAGGCCUUCUGCUCAGCAUACUGCUAGCUACAGCCACACACACCCUGUCUGCCAGCUUCCCAGAGGACAGUAUACCCCUGGACAUUGUCGAUGCACACUUCUCGCGGCAGUACCCAGUAUUCCGAGGUCGUCCGUCGGGGAACGAGUCACAGCACAGACUGGACUUCCAACUGAUGACCAAGAUACAGGAUACGCUGUUCAUCGCUGGCAGAGACCAGGUGUAUCUUGUGAGUCUCCGAGAAUCCUACAGGAAUGAGAUCAUUCCCUACAGGAAGUUAACAUGGAGGUCAGGCGAGGCAGACAGAAAGAACUGUGCCAUGAAGGGGAAACACAGAGAUGAGUGUCAUAACUACAUCAAGGUUCUGGUUCCCAGAAAUGAUGACCUGGUGUUCAUCUGUGGAACAAACGGCUUCAACCCCAUGUGCCGGUACUACAGGCUGGAUAACCUGGAGUUUGACGGGGAGGAAAUCAGCGGACUGGCACGAUGCCCGUUUGACGCCAAGCAGACCAACGUCGCUCUGUUCGCUGACGGGAAGCUGUACUCGGCGACGGUUGCUGACUUCCUGGCGAGCGACGCAGUGAUCUACCGUAGUAUGGGUGACGGCUCGGCCCUCAGGACUAUUAAAUACGACUCCAAAUGGCUGAAAGAGCCCCAUUUCCUGCAUGCAGUGGAUUAUGGGAACUAUGUCUACUUCUUCUACAGAGAGAUCGCAGCAGAACACAACAACUUGGGCAAGGCCGUCUACUCCAGAGUGGCUCGUAUCUGUAAGAACGACGUAGGCGGGUCCCAGCGUGUGUUGGAGAAACACUGGACGUCCUUUGUCAAGGCCAGACUCAACUGUUCUGUUCCUGGAGAAUCGUUCUUCUACUUCGAUGUUCUACAGUCCAUCACUGACAUCCUCAACAUCAACGGAGUUCCUUCUGUGGUGGGAGUCUUCACUACACAGAUGAACAGUAUCCCAGGGUCUGCAGUGUGUGCGUUCUCCAUGGAUGACAUAGAGAAGGUGUUCAGAGGACGAUUUAAAGAACAGAAAACACCUGACUCUGUCUGGACCGCCUUCCCAGAGGAGAGACUGCCCAAACCCAGGCCAGGCUGCUGUUCGGGUCAUGGCCAGGCUGAGUCCUAUAAGACCUCUAUAGAGUUCCCUGAUGAGACCCUCCUGUUCAUCAAGUCUCACCCCCUCAUGGACGCCUCCGUGCCUAACAUAGGAGACGAGCCCUGGUUCACCAAGACACGCGUCAGGUACAGGCUGACAGCCUUGGCGGUGGACAACGCGGCUGGUCCACAUGGUAACUACACGGUGCUGUUCAUUGGUUCAGAGGCGGGCGUGGUGCUGAAGGUUCUAGCCAAGACUUCCCCUCUGGCCCUAAACGACAGCAUCCUAUUGGAGGAGAUCGACCUGUUCAACAGAGCCAAGUGUCUGUCUAACAAUGAGGAUGACAGGCAUAUUUUGUCGCUCCAUGUUGACAGAGACACACACAGUGUGUAUGUAGCUUUCUCUAGCUGUGUGGUUCGCAUGCCUCUCAGCCGCUGUGAGCGACACACUAACUGCCACAAGUCUUGUAUAGCGUCCAGGGACCCCUACUGUGGCUGGAUGCCUCAUGGAGCCUGUGAGAGGAUCCUGCCUGGAGUUCUGUCUGGUUAUGAGCAGGAUGUAGAGUUUGGGAACACGGUUCAGCUGGGAGACUGCCAUGUGUUUUUGGCCACUACAUCAGCGACAGAUUACAAAUCAUUUGGUGACCCGACCUCUGACAUGGAGUUGUCAUCUACGUCACUCACAGACCAGCCCAGUGGGCCCAUACACCCCCCAGUACCCCCAGUACUCACCCCCACCCUGAGCCCCCAUCCUGGGCUUGGUCCCGGGGAAAGGCCUGGGUUGGGGCCUGGGGCUGGUUCUCCAGACCUGUAUGGCUCAGGGUUUGUGCAGCAGGACGACCCAGCCACCUCCCAUUCACUAGAGUCACUCCCAGGGGGCCUAGAGGGUGUGUGGGAGAUCCAGGCGGGAGAAGCCAAUCAGAUGGUCCACAUGAAUAUCCUGAUCAGCUGUGUGUUGGCUGCCUUCCUCCUGGGGGCGCUAGUGGCAGGCCUGGUGGUGUUCUGCUAUAGAGACUCCUUCCUCCGCCACAAGCCCCGGCACGCCCACAAAGAUGCAGAGUCAGCCCCCUCCUGCAGCGACUCCACCGGAUCCUUCACUAAGCUCAACGGGCUCUUCGACAGUCCUGUCAAGGAGUACCAGCCAAGUCUGGACUGUCCCAAGCUGUACACCAACUUACUGAGCAGUGGUAAGGACCUGUCGCCUAACGGAGACACCAAGACCAUGAUCCUCCGGGAUGGCUGUCAGCCUCCCGAGCUGGCCGCCCUGCCCACCCCCGAGUCUACCCCUGUGCUGCAGCAGAAAGUCCUGCAGCCAAUCAGGAACCAGUGGGAGCGAGCCAAUCACCACGGGAAGAUCAAUGGAUCCAGGAAGAACUCCAACUCUACCUCCUCCUCCUCCAUCGCCAAGAGUCCCCAGUUCCACUCCAGUCCCCCCCCCCCUCCUCACCCCCAGCCCCACCCUGCGCUGGGACACUCCCACAUCCCCAGCGCCGUCGUCCUUCCCAACGCCACGCACGAAUACCGCAGUGGUUACCAUGGAAACCCGGCCGACGACGUCACGCCGCCACGCACCCUGGACAGGAAGCCAGAGAACAUGGAACACCUUCAGGCCACGCCCCCUCAUUCUAAAGGAAGCAGAAAGGAGCAGAAGAGGUCGCUGGAUGCCAGGAACACACUGAACGACCUGCUGAAGCACCUGAACGAUGCUAACACGGCUAACGCUAGCUCCAAGGCUAUCCUCCAAGAGGGGGCCGGCUCAGCGCCCCGACCCAGCAGACAACACCUGAUGCUGGAGCCUCUAGGGGACAUCACUGAGGUUCCCCCCAAGGUCCCCAGCCGAGAGGCCUCUCUUUACUCCCCCUCCUCCUCCUCCUCCCUGCCCAGGCACAGCCCCACCAAGAGGGUUGACGUCCCCCUACCCUCCGCCCCUAGCUCCCCCACAGGCAGCCUGGGUAUGGGAGGAAGCAUGAGCGGCACCCUGGAGAGGAGGUACGGCUCUCAUCACAGGAGCUCUUCUCACAGACACUCCCUCACCGCCACCUCUCCCAACGGGGUCAGUAUGGGGGUGUCGUUGUCCCACCAACACAGUAUGAACAGAGGGGGGUACAUGCCCCCCACCCCUCCCUCCAGACUGGACUCCCAGAGGGGGCUCCACUCCCCCCAUCAACACCCCCACCCCCCCUCCCUGUCCCGCCAGAGCAGCUACAGUGGGCACGGCUCGCUCCCCCGCCAGGGACUUAAACGGACCCCGUCCCUAAAGCCUGACGUCCCCCCUAAACCCAACGCCUUCACCCCACAGACUCCUCAGAUGAGGGUGGUCAACAAGUACAGCUACUAGGACACUAUAGACACUAUGGAGUGUACUACCAAGUGUACUAACUGGGACAGGGCAGGGGCACUACUGAAUGUGCUCUAGAGCCAGACUGGUUGUGAGAAGGCUUAGGGAGGGAGUAGGACCAUGUGUGUGUCGGGGUGUGUCCCCAUGGAAUGAUUCAUUCCUUCACUCUAAAAAGGGAAAAUCACACCAGUGGCCAAAGAUGUGACGUGGAGUUCUGUGUCUUGUCUUGUGGCUCCAUGUUUCUCUCCAUCUCACAACAUACUGGUCAGUCUCCUCUAACCCUGACCCCUGGCCCUGACUCACUAACCCCAGCCCCAGGACAUAAGGCAGGGUGGGGGUAGAUGGGUGUAGGGGUCCUGUAGGGGACUAGCGUGGCCCCCAGUGUGUAGCCUGGCUCUAUGAUCCUGACUGUAACCCCAGCCCCAGGACAUAAGGCAGGGUGGGGGUAGAUGGGUGUAGGGGUCCUGUGGAGGACUAGCGUGGCCCCCAGUGUGUAGCCUGGCUCUAUGAUCCUGACUGUGGACGGUACGAGGUCUAACUCCGAGAACUACUUGAAGAAUGGGUCUGAUGUCUCACUGUCACUAAGCACUGUCUGUUUGUGCCACAAAUGGCACCCUAUUCCCUUUGUUGUCAACUACUUCUGACCACGGCACAUAGGCCUGGUUGUACCUAGUGCACUAUAUAGGGAAUAAGGGUGCCAUUUGGGGGACACCCUCUGUCUUCCCAUGAAUGUGAACUGGACUGAACUGAACUAGGGGGAGGAAUACGAUAGAACUGUUUGUAUCUUGUCUGUCUGACUGAUGGGGGAGAGCAGCGAGGAGACACACUAAACAUAGUGUCCCUUUAGAGGUGUUUAACUCAACUAUAAAGAUGGAGGAGGAAGGAAGGCAACAGAGAGAAUACCAGUGUGUGUCAGCUGGAGGGCAAAACCCAAUGUACAGCAAACACAUACACACACACUUUGCUUGGGGAGGUGAAAGGCCUGGCUGCCUACGUACCCUAACAGGGACCCUCUGUAACUCACUGGGAUAUCUACUGAACACGUUUGCUGCUAUGGGUUUAUGAUGAGUAAUGUAUGUUGCUAUGGGUUUAUGAUGAGUAAUGUAUGUUGCUAUUGGUUUAUGAUGAGUAAUGUAUGUUGCUAUUGGUUUAUGAUGAGUACUAUAUGUUGAGUGUAUUUAGUCCUCUUAUGCGUCUGUACCCUACAGCUGCCGUUGUCUCCUGACGUGUGUGUGUGUGUGUAUGUGCGUACAGACCAUGCAAUUCAAUGCACUGUUAGAACAGGCUCCAGUGCCAUCAGAGUCCUCUAUCAACACAUACCACCCUUCUCCUGUCUCACACAGACACACAGAUCCAAACUGGCGAUGCAGAGACCUUUCUUCCAGUCUUUCAAUGUAGCAGAGUGGUAUUUAGAAACAUUUCAUCCAACCCACUUCAACAGGCUGGUGCUGGUUUGGUUUGGUUUGGUUUUCUUUAUUUUAUUCAGAAAUGAAAGACGUAAACAUUUUAUGCAACACCAAUGGGUUUAGUUCUGUCAGGUUGAAAUGGCGUUCUGUAACAUGUCUGUCUCACCUGCCAACUGCAUGUCCGUCACUAGUGUUAGUCUUAACAUGUCUGUCUCACCUGCCAACUGCAUGUCCGUCACUAGUGUUAGUCUUAACAUGUCCGUCACUAGUGUUAGUCUUAACAUGUCUGUCUCACCUGCCAACUGCAUGUCCGUCACUAGUGUUAGUCUUAACAUGUCUGUCUCACCUGCCAACUGCAUGUCUGUCACUAGUGUUAGUCUUAACAUGUCUGUCUCACCUGCCAACUGCAUGUCCGUCACUAGUGUUAGUCUUAACAUGUCUGUCUCACCUGCCAACUGCAUGUCCGUCACUAGUGUUAGUCUUAACAUGUCUGUCUCACCUGCCAACUGCAUGUCCGUCACUAGUGUUAGUCUUAACAUGUCUGUCUCACCUGCCAACUGCAUGUCCGUCACUAGUGUUAGUCUCUGUGCUCCGGUGGGAGUUCACAAACUGCUCUCUGUGUGGUAGUAUCCCCAAGGUACAGAUCCAGGAUCAGCGUAAUCUUAACCAUUUCCAGGGUAACUGAUCUUAGCUCUUCGGUUCUCUGGCUGCCAUUUUGGUUCCAGAGGCAGUGUUGUGUUUGCAGUUUCCCAGUGAGUGACAAGUGUACAAUCACACCAACAUCUACCAAUGUGUCCUACCGAGUCAUGCUGGUAAUGACAAGAUACUGUACAUAUUAUAAAUAUAUGAGUAUACAUAUUUUUAGGCCAGUUAAUCCCAAUCUGUGCAUCGUGUGCCUUAUUCAACAAAUGAUCGAUAUACAGAAAUAUUGAGGAAAAAGGUGAUUUGGACUGAAUGUCAUUAUUGUUACAAUAUAACCUAAGCAGCUCUGAUUAUUUGAAUUCAGAGUGAAAUUUGUGUUCCGCAUUUAAAUGUGUAUUUAUCUACCAAACUGCAGUUAUUUCGAUUCUAGAACUAAGAGUCGGUUUAGUCACCAACAUUCCAUUACAGAAUGCAGGCUGAAGCAAAGCAUGCUGGGAUUACAGUAUCCGUAUAUGACCUCAUGAAGAAGAAGGCUGCUGAUAGACCAAGCUGAGGUUCCAUGCAGUGAAUGUGCUAUUAUGGCAUGGGGAUGUAGACUGACUCGUGUCUUCUCUCUAAACGCUUUGCUUCAUAACACUCAACAUGGCACUAUACAGCCAAUAUACAGUAAACAGUCGAUAGAGUACUCAAUAAACAUCCAACCCAGUAUUAAGGUAAACACUCCGGGUAAUUAUUAUAGAUCAAAGAUGUGUAUCUAAUGUCUUAAUAAACUGUUCCAUUAGAGUGAGCAGUGGUCAUGUGACCGGGACAUAAGAACAGGAUGUGGGUCAGAUCUUACAUUGACAAUGACGUUCAUGAUUUGGGUACAUUUACUUUAUUUGGGGAAUUAAUUUGUCUGCCUGUUUCAAACCCGAAGCCACAUUUUGUUAAAAAAUAUAAUUAAAGUCUUGUCUAUCAGUCGUCCUCUGCUAACCAGUGCUUGGGCUCAGAGACACACACACCCCCCUGUUCCAUUGGUCCAGACAGACAAGCUGUGCUCAGCUGUCUUGUGCAUUACCAUAUUGACCUGGGUCUUUGUGUUGCAGUGUCAGUCUACAGCCUUCCUACCCUCCUGUCUAUCUAUGCUCUAUGUGUGCAGAUGAACCAGCCUCGUUGACAUUACCUUUCUAAUACUGUUCUGAUUGGACAGUAAGACCCCCCGAUGUUUGUUCAGAGUGUUUGUAGAUAUGUUGUAAAGUUGGAACUGUGAAUGUGUACAAAAUGAUCGUCUUUUGUUUCAGGACUUCUUGUUGAAUUUUUUUUAACACGGCAUGUAUAGUUGAAAUAAAAUAUUACUGCACAGAA